UCCUUAAUCUAGGCUGAAAUUGUCGCAACCAUCGCUGCAAAAGUUCCCCACUGUUCCCAAAAUCCCGCAUCUUGGCUUUCUGUACUUGCUUCUAUCUGCAAGCGAUGCUCACUUGCUGAUUUUAUCGCGCGUGGGCUCGGGCAGACUUGGAAACCCCUCGUUGAUACCAGACCACACCGCCCCUCCACCUCCGACACGAAAUCUUGCGUUAAAUACUUUACCAAGACCUAUUCUUCUUCCGAUUCUACACGAAACCAUACAAUGUCCUGCCGAUAGAGUUUACCUCUCUCUCUCUCGCUCGGUGUCUCUUGACCCUCUUGUGUUUCUACUCGUCUUCUUUUUCUGCUUCCGAUCUGGCUCGAAUUUCCUCCUACUCCCCAUGGCGGCUGCAGAACAUGCGAUCCCAGUCAAGAAUGAAAUGGCAAUGGAGCUCCCUACACUUCCACCCAAUCAGGGUGUUGAGGCCUUCAAGGAUAUAGUGUUCGGUUCUGCAGCAGGAAUGGCCGGCAAGGUCAUUGAGUACCCUUUUGACACGGUGAAGGUGCGGCUGCAAUCUCAACCCGACCACCUACCCCUUCGAUAUAAGGGGCCAGUAGACUGCUUUCGGCAGUCUUUUCAGACCGAUGGCUUUAGAGGACUGUAUCGAGGCAUCAGCGCUCCUAUGGCUGGUGCUGCCAUAGAGAAUAGCUGCUUGUUCUGGAGCUACCGCAUGAUCCAAGAUGUGCUAAGGUCGACAUGGUACACUUCAACAGACCCUUUACCCUUCUCCGCCUUAUUGAUCAGCGGCGCUGCAUCUGGAUCCAUUACUUCGCUUGCUCUUACCCCCAUCGAACUCAUCAAAUGCAAGAUGCAAGUACAUCAUGAGGGUUCUAGCCCAAGGGCCACCAGCCCGCUUAUUUUAGUCGCAUCUAUCUUCCGUCGAGAUGGUAUCCUAGGGUUUUGGCGAGGACAGCUGGGAACCCUCAUCCGAGAGACUGGCGGGGGUGCCGCUUGGUUUGGCGGCUAUGAGGGGGUCUCGGCACUUUUUCGAACAAAGGUCAACUCCUUGGAGCGCGAAUCAGCCUCUCUGCCGGUUUAUCAACAGAUGAUCGCUGGAGCAGCAGCUGGUAUCAGUUACAACUUCUUGUUCUAUCCAGCAGAUACAAUCAAGUCCCGUAUGCAAACCGAAGAUCUUACGCAUAGGGCGGUCCAUGGCCAACGUCAAAGCUUUUGGGGUGUUGGCAAGGCUCUCUGGAAGCAACAAGGGCUCCGGGCUUUAUACCGAGGUUGCGGGAUCACUUGCGCGCGAUCAGCACCCAGCUCCGCUUUCAUUUUCACCGUGUACGAAGGACUACGGAGUUAUUUUUGAUGAACUGCUCUGCAUUAGACUUGUUUUUUAUCGUUCAUUCUUCUUCUUCCUCUUUUUCUUUCUUUCUUUCUGUUCUUUUUCUAUCCUGGAUGAUACCUCUGAUCGUGUUCUUCUUCUCCCCCUCCCGUGUUCUUGCUCUAGACAUACAUUCAGAGUUCACUUCAAGAGAGCUCCUCGAGCUGUUGGUUAUGUAAAUCGAAAAGUGUUUUUUUUUUCCUUUUUCUUCUUUUUCCGUCUCUCUUCUUUGUGUGAUAUUUAUUCCCCUGACUUAUUCUCUUUUGCUCCUCCUGCGACUAAUUUUUUAGAAUAUUUCCUAUAUAGCUAGUUUAUGUCUUCGUAUAGAUAAGACGGGGACCAUCAGUUGAAUAAUGGAUAUGCUUCUGUACAGUGUCUUUCUGUCUAAGGCGGGGU